AUGUGCCUGCUUUGCAAUUCGGUAGCGGCAAGCACCAUGACAACGGAAGCGCUGUUCUGUCCACAAGGAAAUGAGAAUAUCCCUGUGAGAAUUCCCAAUGUCCAUCCAUGCAGCACUAUACGACAGAAUAGCCUUUAUACCAACAUCACAAUCCUGCAACGAGUCCCCCAAGAGACGCACCAUGUCGCGUGGUUAUGCAAGCGAGUUCGAACAACCAAAUGCGUCAACUACUAUUUUUUUAAAGGGGAAACCACAUUCACUGAACAGAAUUUCUUGGAACCGAAUGAACAAGAUUGCGACGGACUUGCAGAUCGCAUAAAGCAAGGCGAUGACGGAUGGCUUGAGUCAGAUGGGUGGUCCCAUGGACCAGUUGAAGAACCGGAAGAUUCCCGGAAUUAUUUUUUUCAAACUAUUUGUUAUAAUGCCACUUGGCAUCUGUUUAAAAAGGGAACAGUUAUAUCUGAUGAAUACGAACUGGAGUCGAAGCUGCUUGAAGAUCAUAGCUGCAUUUCGACACCGAAAAUCCAGGAGGAUGUCGAAAAAUGCCGCUCUUACCAGUCGUUUCUCUAUUGGAUUACGGAACCGUAUCGUGCCGAUUUGGAGAAAAAUGUCACCUUGUAUGAAGGCGCUGCUUAUAUCACCGCGGAGGAAGUGCUAGUACCAGAAAGUAGUAUCAAUUUAAAAAUUGAUAACUCCAGAAAGGCGGAUGAUGACGAGGACGGAUUGAAAUGGUUCCAUACCAUAGAUUCCAAUACCUAUUUUGGCUUCAAAACAACGGUAGAUGUAGUGGAAGAAUUGUUCGAGGCACGACAGGAUCUUGUGGCUGAUCUGAACAUUCACAACGCAAGGCUCAAGCGCACGCCAGGCACAAUUCAGAUCGAGGAUGAGCAUGCGCGUAGUAUCUACAAAAACUUCGCUCGGAAAGAACGAGAAGCCGGCAGACACAAAAGAAAUGUAAACGAAGAUGAGGAUGAGCUAUUUCACAAAUAUGCAUUCCCCUCCCGGAAAAACUCGAUUUCCAAGGACUGGCGAAGA